AUGAGUUCUUCGUAUUAUGUGAACGCGCUUUUUAGCAAAUAUACGGCGGGGGCUUCUCUGUUCCAAAAUGCCGAGCCGACUUCUUGCUCCUUUGCGCCCAACUCGCAGAGAAGCGGCUACGGGCCGGGCGCCGGCGCCUUCGCUUCGACCGUGCCGGGCUUGUACAAUGUCAACAGCCCCCUUUAUCAGAGCCCCUUCGCGUCCGGCUACGGCCUGGGGGCCGACGCCUACGGCAACCUGCCCUGCGCGUCCUACGACCAAAACAUCCCGGGGCUCUGCAGUGACCUCGCCAAAGGCGCCUGCGACAAGGCGGAUGAGGGCGCGCUGCACGGCCCGGCCGAGGCCAAUUUCCGCAUCUACCCCUGGAUGCGGUCUUCAGGGCCCGACAGGAAGCGAGGCCGCCAGACCUACACGCGCUACCAGACGCUGGAGCUGGAGAAGGAGUUCCACUUCAAUCGCUACCUGACGCGGCGGCGCCGCAUCGAGAUCGCCCACGCGCUCUGCCUCACCGAGCGCCAGAUCAAGAUCUGGUUCCAGAACCGCCGCAUGAAGUGGAAGAAGGAGCAUAAAGACGAAGGGCCCGCCACCGCCGCAUCCCCCGAGGGCUCCGUGGUGCCCCCAGCCGCCGCCGCAGCCACCCCUGCCACCGACAAGGCCGACGAGGAAGAUGAAGAUGAAGAGGAAGACGACGAGGAAGAGGAAGAAUGA